AGUAAAAUGACAGAAGAAGGUCGUUAAAUUUUUAAUUAAAGGAUCAUAAUUGAAUUACAAUUAUUAUCAAACGAGAGAAAUAAAUCUGAUCUUCAAGUCUACAAACUGCGUGAUAAUUGAAACUGUAAAAUAUAUAGUACUCUAAAAUGUGAUCUCCCUGAUACUCCUCUGGCUGUUCAAAUAUUUCCAAAACUUCUCCGUUGUGUUCAGGUAAUAAUUCGACUUUGAAUUUAUCGCUCUGUAAUACUGUUCGAAUACGAGAGCAACAGAGAAGAGAGAUCCCUAAACGAAGUACGAUACGGUCGCUGUUUGCCAAGUGACGAUCAGUAAGUAGAUAAUAGUCGUCUUCGUUGAUGGAAGCGUCACGUAUGCAGGAUGAAGUGACAUCCAGUUUCGUGUUCCGGGCGUUCAUUUUUCUCUCUUAUCAAUCAGCAAACACUAUCCGUGUGUUUUUUUUCAAUCGAUUCCUAAAUCUUUUUUAAUUCCUGCAUUAAGAAGUUACGCGAAUCAAUUGAAUACAUAGCUAAUCUAUAGAUCACACGUGUCGCCAUUUUAUAUGAACUGAUAUCGUUCAUGAUCGACGGAAAAUCGUAUCGUGUAAAUACCGGCGCUCCUAUCAUGCCAGUUAUUUUUUAUUUCCACGAAUAGUAAGACAGCUGCGUGUUAAAUAUAGAUUAAUUAACUAAUUUGUAUGAACAUUAGAAGUGUUGUUAAUAAUAAGUGUCGAAUGAAAAUUGAAAUUCUCGUUAGUGAAAUAUUAUUGUGAUCAUGUUGUAAUAAGAAAAUAAAUGAUAUAUGGAGUGUCGUGUAGAGAAAUGUAGAAAAAUAAACGGAGGCCACAAGGGAAGAUUCAAAUUAUUUUAAGAUAUUGUAUUAAACAGUUGGAAAAGUUUCAACCUAGGGAGAACAUUUGUUUUAUUUAUCUACCAAGAUAACGUGAAAAAGCAGAACGACCUAAGGAACUGUCCCAAGGAAAGUACACAAGUUUUAUCAUUUUGCUGAGGAGGAGAAACUUGAGAGAACAACUAAUCGUUAGUGCAUUAAGUGCUGUCAAUACUAUUGGUAUUCCGUAAUACGAUUACACGUAUGGAAUAAACUCGUGAAGCACAUUUCCGUUCGUUUUAACUUUCUUAAAUGUGAAACAAAAAAAAAAAGAAAAUGAGAUGAUCAUUAAAAAAUAGUAUACGUAUAACAGAUAUAUAAGUAAAUAAUUUUUAUUCGUAUUAAUUCGAAAGCAACUUCUAGAUAUUUCAUAUGUAUAUCGAAAAUAGAUUUUUCGCUUGUGAGAAAAAGUGUGUGAGUGAUGGAGUCAGAAUAUUUUGAAACUUCAUGGAAAUUAAAGAUACAACAGAUUCGAAGGCGACUCCGCACUUUGUUCCGUAACACAUUAAACAGAUAUAGUUCAAAGAGGAAAGGCUAUACCAGAUUCCUCACGGAUGAGGAAAAAAGAUGGCUGGUCGUCGCCGAAUACGAUUUGUCCACUCGGCUUGGAAUGCCUUAUAGUCCUUGAUAGUCUGUACGUAAAGCAAAAGUUCGAAAUGUUGGAAGCUAUCACUGAAUGGGAGACUGAGAACAAAUAUCUCGUAACGAAUGCUAAUGGCCAGCCACUAUAUUAUAUUGCGGAGGAAUCGGAUUCAUGCGCGCGAAUGUGCCUGGGUAGUUCUCGUUGUUGCGAGUUUCACGUGGUCGACAUUAAUCAGAGAGAGGUCCUGCAUAUGGUACGACCGUUCAGAUUUUGCACGCAGCUAUUAUUAGAGGUGUAUUCGAGAGGGGUGCUUCUCGGCACUAUAACAGAAAAUAACACCUUCUUCGGGGCUUCGUUUUGUAUCCGCAAUGCAUCUGGGAAAACAGUUUUGAGGGUAAAGGGAUCAUGGUUUAGCGGUUGCGGAACUGGGAGAUUUAAGAUAAAGUCCGCGGAUGAUGUAUAUAGAGUUGGGGAAAUUAAAAAGAAAUGGGGCGGCCUCACUAGGGAAUUUCUCAUGGAUGCUGAUAACUUCCUCUUGCGUUUUCCUAUAGAUUUAGACGUUAAAAUUAAAGCCGUAUUGCUUGGUGCCUGCAUUGUCAUAGAUUUUCUAUAUUUCAAAAACUGAAUUUGGAAUUCGUAAAAUGAUUAAAAGAAUUCUAUUUAGAGACUGGAAAUUAAUGUUCUUUUUGUCAUAUUUUAUGGCAAGAGAAACACUUUAUAGUGAAGGAUCGCUGAUAUCAAGAGUUUUCUACUCUUUUCUAAACUUUCUAAACUUCAGAGAUUCACCGUAUUUUUUAUAUCAAAUUUACAAAUAUUAUUAAUAAAUAUUCACAAUGUUGUCAAAUAAUCUAAACGUCCAAGUACUAUUUAAUUAUUAUUUGCUAUUUUUGUAUUCAAUUUUGGAAAGGAUCUUUUGUAUGUACAUACAUGUGUAUACAUCGUUCAUUUUCCUAUGAAGGAAAUGUUCUGAAUUUUGUGAACAAAUACUUGCCCUGCAACUCACGUAAUAUGAUAUUGCAAAUUACUAGAUUGUAAGUCUUUAAUACGAUAUCACAAUACAUCUAUACUUGUAUGUAAGAUAUAAUUUUAUGUAAUUACGAGUUACAAAUACUCUUUAUAUUUUUGUGUGUUUUUGAAAAGAAUUAAUAAUUUUAAAAAGUAAUUACUAUUUCUUGAAUCUCAUCGUUUCUUUCUUGAUAUUCAAGUUACUCGAAAGUUUACAAAAUAAAGAUUUAACGUUGUUGUAUGAUCAAAAGACUUUAUUACCAUUUGUAUCAGAUUUAUAUCAAGAGAUAUGAAAGGAAUAAAGUAUUAAAAGAAAGAAG